ACCACAUUUUCCCACCGAAAACACUUCCAUACCUUUUAUACUCAUUUAAUACCAUUGACAAUAAAGGUGGCUUUAGUUGAAACAUAUAAAAAAUGUGUCAAUAAUCGUCAAUGAGGAGUUUAAACCCGCUCCCCAAACGGGGAUUGGUGGGGACGGACAUGGGAGUGGGAUCCACCUAAGGUGCACGUGAACCACACCCCAUGGUAGGUGGAAACCUGUUCCAUGGUUCCCAUGUGGUGGAGCCGUUCCGGACCCGCCAUUAACCCCACUGCCUUCCACUUACUGCAAUAUUAAAAAGAGGCCGGAUCAGAUACAGGAGAGAACAAUGUGUUUUUGUGAGAUUAUUGCUACCCUCUUCUCUCAGAUUUCCAUGGCUAGUCUGUUAACAACACACAAAAUUCCUGAAUUAUUGCUACACCCACUUCAUGGAUUUCCAGAAAAACAGAAUCUUAUAUCCUCUUCGAAGGGUCAACAACAGUUCGGAAUUGGUUCCAAGAAGUCUCAGCGGAUGUUAAGGAGGAAUGGUGGUUGUGUUAAAGCCCGCAGUAGAGCCAUCUUAGAGCUUGUUCCGGAAACCAAAAGGGAAAAUCUUGAGUUCGAGCUCCCCAUGUAUGACCCAUCAUCAAAAGGUCUAGUUCUGGACCUUGCAGUUGUUGGAGGUGGUCCUGCAGGACUUUCUAUUGCACAACAGGUCUCUCAGGUAGGCCUCUCUGUUUGUUUAAUAGACACAUCUCCAAAAUUGAUCUGGCCCAACAACUAUGGUGUCUGGGUCGACGAGUUUGAAGCCAUGGACUUGCUUGAUUGCCUCGACACCACCUGGUCUCGUGCUGCUGUGUUCAUCGAUGACCAGACACAUAAAUAUCUCAAUAGACCUUACGGUAGAGUUAAUAGGAAGCUUCUGAAAUCGAAAAUGAUGCAGAAAUGCAUAUCAAAUGGUGUCCAGUUUUACCAAUCCAAAGUUAUUAAGGUUAUUCAUGAGAAAUCCAAUUCUCGUUUGAUUUGCAGCAAUGGUGUCACAGUCCACGCAACUAUAGUCCUUGAUGCUACUGGGUUCUCUAGGUGCCUUGUUCAAUAUGAUAAGCCUUAUAAUCCUGGGUUCCAAGUGGCUUAUGGGAUCUUAGCAGAGGUGGAAGAACACCCCUUUGAUUUGGAUAAAAUGGUUUUGUUAGAUUGUAGAGAUUCACAUCUAACCAACAAGAAAGAAAUGAGAGAAAAGAAUAGUAGGAUUCCCACAUUUCUGUAUGCAAUGCCCUUCUCAUCUGAUAGGAUUUUUCUAGAAGAGACUUCUAUUGUUGCUAGACCUGGAGUACCAAUGGAAGAGAUACAGGAAAGGAUGGUGGCUAGGUUGAGAGGGAUAGGUAUAAAAGUGAAAAAAAUUGAAGAAGAUGAGAGAUGUGUUACUCCAAUGGGUAGCACCCUUCCUAUGCUCCCUCAGAGGGUCAUAGGAAUAGGUGUAACUGCUGGUAUGGUUCACCCCUCAACUGGUUAUAUGUUGGCAAGAACUCUUGAAGCUGCUCCAGUAGUUGCAGACUCCAUAGUUCAGUACCUUAGCUCUGAGAGAAGGCUUUCAGGGGAUGAACUGUCCAAGGAAAUUUGGAAAGAUUUAUGGCCCAUAGAGAGGAGGGGGCAGAGGGAAAUCUUCUGUUUCGGUAUGGAAGUUUUGCUUAAGCUUGAUUUACAGGGCACAAGGAGGCUCUUUGAUGCAUUUUUCAAUCUAGAACCACAUUAUUGGCAUGGAUACUUGUCAUCUCGAUUGUUUCUUCCUGAGCUUAUAUGUUUUGGGCUUUCUAUUUCCUCUAAUGCCUCCAUUGCUUCUAACAUAGAUCAUAUGACUAAGGGCACAGUUCCUUUUGUAAACAUGAUUGGCAACUUAAUACAGGAUAGAGACUAGAAUGGAAGAUUUCUAUUUCUUGCAUAUUUAUGGUUCAAUGUAUUUUGUAAAAAUAAAGAUCUCCUUUUUCUGCAUUAAUACAAACAAUUAGUUGCUGUUAGACUAUAAUUGUUGGA